CGCUCUGCAGACGUAGCCGGUUAUUUGGGGAGACCGCGUGUUUCUAACUGGUCUGCGACGUUCUAGAUAGCUGGCCUCGGCUGCGCUGUCGCCGUGUUAUUGACACGAACCUACGCCCUAAACAGUGCAACCGGCGACUCUUCUGUUUAAUUCGGAUUAAUCUAACCACGCCGCCUUACUCAAUAUAUCACUAUAGGAGCAGUUAUAUUUAGGGACGCUGAUGGAAGGAGAUGGAACGCUGAGGAUGCGAAGUUAGGCUAAUUCGCAGAGAAACGUUUAAAAUAUGGUGAAACAUUAGCGCAAGCUGCUCCACGUGUAAGGGAUUACCUACUCUGGUAUCUAGGUUGCCAUAUUGCUGCCACCACCGUCGUCUGUCCUUGCAGAGCAAACGCUAAUGAUUGUGCGCGAUGGCGGGCGGAAACGACUCGGAUACAUCCUCAGAGAAGCAAGUGAUGGAAUCAUCGAAAAGGUGCGACGAGAAUGAAAGUCGUGGCAACUGGACAAAUUCUAUAGAUUUCUUCCUGAGCUGUGUGGGCUAUGCAGUCGGACUCGGUAACAUCUGGCGCUUUCCCUACAUUUGCUUUACAAGUGGAGGCGGAGCCUUUCUCAUCCCGUACCUGAUAGCACUCGCUGUGUGCGGAUUGCCUCUGUUCUUCCUCGAAGUAGCCAUAGGCCAGUUUUCGGGCAGUGGAGGAAUUUUAGUGUGGAACAUCAGUCCUAUCUUAAGAGGUGUCGGUUUCGGAAUGGUUAUGGUGCCAACGAUAUAUUGUACUAUCUACAAUGUCGUCAUGGCCUACAUCCUCUUCUACUUGGCGAUGUCCUUCACGAAGCUAUUGCCGUGGGAGACGUGCUUGAAUCCGUGGAACACUGCCGCAUGUCUGCAGCGUGGCUACGAUCUCCUCGGCAGCCAUAACAUGUCCGGUGAGUCUAACCAGUCGCAGCUUGUAGACGCCAUGAUGGACAACAUUACAGCAGACGCGGGCACAGCUAACAUCAGCGGGGUCGUAACCAGGAGUUCGUCGGCGACGGAGGAAUUCUUUUACAAUUUCGUGUUGGAGAUCUCUGAAGGGCUUCACGACCUUGGUGGCUUCCACUGGAAGCUGCUGCUCGCUUACUGCAUUGGCUGCUUCAUCGUUCUCGUCUGCCUCUCAAAGGGCGUAAAAUCAACGGGAAAGGUGGUGUACUUCACCGUUACCUUCCCUUACCUGAUUCUCCUUAUACUGCUGGUGAGAGGUGUGACCCUGCCGGGAGCUCUCAAUGGCAUCAAGUUUUACCUUUGCCCGAAAUGGGAGGCUCUGCUUGAAUUCAAGGUCUGGGGUUUGGCAUUUGUGCAGAUAUUCUACUCACUCGGACAAGGCUGGGGUGCUGUGGUUACGAUGGCCUCAUACAACCGUUUCCACAAUAAUAUGUUAAUAGAGUGUUACCUGGUACCAGUCGUGAACAGUGCUACCAGUCUCCUUGCUGGUUUCGUCGUCUUCUCGGUCCUUGGAUAUAUGGCGGAAGUCGCUCAAGUUGACAUUAAAGACAUUGUUGCUGAUGGUCCUGGCUUAGCAUUCAUGGCAUACCCUGAAGCGAUAACACACAUGGCUCUUUCUCCACUGUGGAGCAUUCUCUUCUUCUUCAUGCUGCUGACUGUGGUGCUAGAUUCUCAGUUUGUUGGCAUGGAAACAGUCAUCACGUCGUUUAGAGACAUCCUGCCAGCGCGUUAUCAGAAAAGACAUCUGUUGAUCACUGUGAUCAUCUCUGGAUUAAUGUUUGUACUUGGACUAGUUUUUACAAGUCGAGGUGGCUCGUACAUCUUCAUCCUCAUAGACUGGUAUUGCGUCGGACUACCAGCAAUGUGUCUGUCUAUAGUCGAGGCCCUUGUGGUGGGAUGGAUAUACGGAGCCGACAGACUGUUAGAUGAGGUGACAUUAAUGGUCGGGAAACCAGUGUUUGGAAGAUCCGUGCUUGCAGUUAUGUGGAAGUUCAUUGUACCAGCAAUUCUCUUUUUCAUCUUGGCAUUUACGUUUAUCACACACGAGCCUGUCACAUAUCUGAACUACGACUAUCCACGGUGGAGCAUAGCUGCUGCUUGGACUCUGGCUGCGAUGACAAUUCUUCUGAUUCCAAUGUACGCUGUCUAUUAUCUGACACGCGUUGACAGAAAGGGAUCACUCUGGCAGCGACUCCGUAGAGGCCUGCAACCUUCCAAAGAGUGGGGCCCUGCUGUGGAGCCAUACCGGUCCGACUACUGGCAUCAGCGUCUCGCCCAGGGACACGUGGCGCCCCCUGAAUACAUGGAACCAAACGAACAAAAGAUGCAAUUUCUCAAUAACAAACCAGAAUAGGAGUUCAUUAGUGCCGUCAAAAAUUUAUCGCCACUAGUGGUCUAUUUUUGCUAGCAGUUGCAUAUUUCUAAUGCGGCAUUAAAGCAGGAGAUGUGCACAGAGUGCUGUGUAAGUUAUUAACAUGAGAUGUACAAUUUCAUUCAUUGAGAGCACCUUUCGUCAUACUGUUAACUUAAUUAAUUGAAGAAGUUGAUUAAGCUAGAGUACGAGUAAAUAAUUAAUUGACGUGAGAGGUGGAAUAAAUCGAUACGGUCGACGUACAAUAUGCGGUGCGUACAGUGUCGUCAACGUAUCAAGGCUCAGUAUUGGAACUUCCUAUGGAAGUUACCAAUAUAAAUUAUCAAACCAUUUAAUAUUCAGAACAGCGUUGUCAACGUAUCAAGGCUCGGUACUCGAACUUCCUAUGAAAGUUACCAAUAUAAUUUAUCAACUAUGUAAAAUGCAGCGCACAGUGUUGUCAACGUAUCAAGGCUCACUACUGGUACUUUCUAUGAAAGUUACCAAUAUAAAAAUGUAUAUUACCAUAACUUGCAGCGUACAGUAUUGUCAGCGUAUUUGGUGUCAGGAACGGAAAUUCCUAUGGAAGUUACCGAUAUAAAUUACAAUAACUUGCAGCGCACAGUGUUGCUAGCGUUUCGACGCACAGUAGCGGCACUUUCUAUGAAAGUCAUCGAUUUAAAUUACUAAACCACACAACAUGCACCCACGAUGGUAUACGGAAAGAUAUAUAUAUAUAUACAUAGCUGUUCAAUUUUUGCAUGGCUAUGUGUGAAAAUAUGCUGUAAAUCUAGAAAUAAAUAUUAUCAGCUCAA